CGAUAUAUCUCUCUUCAUACAACUAUGAUUGGUAUGCCCUAAAUUGACCGCAUUCGUAGAUAUCGCACGAAGAUUUUGUUUAAGACUUGUUUGUUAACGCUAGAGAGAAAAAAAAAGCCACGGAUCACGUGAUUAGACGAUGCGAUGUGGAAAUAUAAAUAUCUGUUUAGCCAUUGCCAGGUACUUAUAAAUCCUUGACUGUGUGUUUGCUAAAUUCUGCAUUUAUUGUUCGUCUAAAGACAAAAGCACAUUUUUGAAAGGGCGACCUUGAACUCUUAAAGUGACCUUGAUCGGUUGAAUAAAAAAAGCAAAAAGUAACUUUAUAUAACAUUCAGAUAUAAUUCAUGAAUAACGGAUACAUGGUGUUUACAUUGGUAGAGCCUCUUUAGCCUCUUUUUGGAUUGCAAGUGACCUAAUUUCAGAGCGAACUCAAGGUCCCAAAUGACAUCAACUGGCCUUCGCCCACAACCUUCAAGGUUGUGAACCAAUGGCAUUAGCCUUAUGUUCCCCAACACUCCAUCAGACAAAGACAGUCGCUGAAUCAGAUGGAGGAAGAUAAUGGAAUAUUAAAUGAAAUGCUUUUACAGCAAAGGGAGACAAAAAAAUACAUUGACUUCUGCCCGAAGCAUCGCAGUUGACAGAGUUGACAUAGACAUAAUGUAAGAUUGAAAUCUCUUGUCAACGAAGAAGAUAUAGACUGCAUAGACUCAGAAGCACAAAGAACCACACAAUGUCGCCGUUCGCUCUGUUAUACAUUGAUUUGUGACAUACUCGCUUUUCAGUUAUAAUUUACAGGAUAUUAUAUGAAAAAAAAGGCUAUUGUCUUCGGUAGCGCAAAGGGACGUAACUUCAGUUCAUCAGCAUGCAAGGUUUAGCUCCCCUUAUUGAGGCCCACGUUAUCUGUAAGCCAUUACGCUGAAUCUAGAGAAAUGUCCUCGACAGGAACUCACGCCAUUGCUUCUUGUACUCAGCCACGUCAUUCCUAUAGACCAGCACUUCUGUUCAGGCUUCCAAACAUUUAUAUUGUACGGAUGUUGUUAUGAUGUCACCUAUUUAUGUACGUAAAACACAUCAAGAUGACAUAAUUGUGUUGUAAGGAUAUUCGUGCGCUGUUGUUCUGAUAUUGUCACGGAAUUAAGAAUCUUACAUUGUGGAAUAAACAAAAUCGUCAUGUACGGCGUGAUCCAUUUUGUUGUGAAGGAUAUGAUUGUUUCUCAGUUCGGCCAGGAAGCACUAGAUGAAAUACUGUCAGUGGCAGGUCUGGAAGAGAGUCAACACUUUAAACUUUUCUACCCUUACGAGGACAAGGUGUUAGAGGCUCUGUUAGGGGCCACGAGCAAAUGUCUGGGGUUACCCGUGGAGAUGGUGCUGGAGGUGUUCGGGGAUUACUUCAUCACAUUCAGCCUGCGACACGGUUACGAUGACAUGCUGAGGACGCUGGGAUGCGACAUGACCAGCUUCAUCCAGAACCUGGACUCUCUGCACUCGCUGCUGGCCUUAAGCUACGACAACAUGGUGGCUCCGUCCUUCCGGUGUGAGACGCAACAGGAGGGCCUGUUAAUUCUGCACUAUCACAGUACUAGGACAGGAUACUAUCCCCUGGUCAAAGGUCUUCUAUCUGCAGUAGCCCGGGAGAUCUUCAAUCAGAACAUCGACAUUGUCUUUGUUAGCAGCAACAGAGAGUUGGUGGGUCAAGGUCGUGACCAGGAACACGUGAUAUUUCACGUGUCUAUACCCCAUAACUCCGAGACAAAAAUGUCUUCCAUCGGCAUUGCAGACGACAGUAGAACAGCUUUGAGUCCGGCGCAGAAACAAGACAUCAUAUUUCAGCCAGUGACUCUCAACAAGGAACAAUUCGCCACGGCGUUCCCUUACCACCUCAUCUUCGACGAGGAGCUCCGCCUUCUCCAGUACGGCAAGAGCGUGGCCAGACUGUCCCCGGUCCGCCUUAGGGAGGGGAUCCCCGUCAAUACCGCCUUCACCAUCACCUACCCACGUAUCGCCUUCACCGUAGAGAAUGUCUGCAGGUUCAUCAACGCCAUCUUUAUAUUGACCGUUGUCCCUCGGGUGGCCGGAGAAGGACAGCAGAACCAGUUCAGCAUGAAAGGUCAAAUGAUCUGGCUGAAAGACACGCGCCUGGUCAUUUUCGUGGGCUCGCCCAGGCUGACGUCACUGAAGGAAAUGAAGAAGAUGAACAUCUACAUGGCGGACAUUCCCUUGUAUGACGUCACCAGGGAGAUGGUGCUGCUGUACCAGCAGCGGAGUGCCGAGAUUGACAUUACCAAAGAACUGGACGAGACUACGGCGGAGCUAAAGAGAAUGUCCCGACAGCUGGAGCUAGAGAAACAGAGAACUGAGAAACUCUUGUAUCAAAUGCUUCCGGAGAAAGUCGCCAACCAGCUAAAGAACGGGGAGGAGGUAGAGGCAGAGAAGUUUGACCAGGUGACAGUUUUGUUUAGUGACAUCGUCAACUUCACUACCAUCGCCGCGGCCUGCUCUCCCAUGGAAGUGGUCAGUCUAUUGAACGAGCUCUACCACAGGUUCGAUAAAAUGACCAAUAAACACAGCGUCUAUAAGGUUGAAACGAUAGGUGACGCUUACAUGGUGGUCAGUGGUGUCCCGGACAAAACAGACAAACACGCCCAAAGAGUAGCCGACUUUGCCUUGGACAUGGUCAGUCUGGCAGCCGAAGUCUUGUGUCCCGAUACUAAAAAACCUUUGCAGAUUCGAGUUGGUCUUCACACUGGUCCAGUGGUGGCUGGAGUGGUUGGGGUCAAGAUGCCCCGCUACUGUCUUUUUGGAGACACCGUGAACACUGCGUCCCGAAUGGAGAGCAAUUCUGUCCCGGGCAGAAUUCAUGUCAGUGAGACCACAUUCAGAGCCCUCCAAGACCACGGCUACAUGUGUCGCUGCAGGGGAGAUGUGAACAUCAAAGGGAAAGGCGUCAUGAAGACCUACUUCCUCAUUGGCAGUGCUCGUCAUACCGUGUCAGAGCCACUAGACAGUCACGUGACCCUCACACUGGCCACUGGCGACCCUGUCAGCGAAGAUGCAAUGAAAGAUGGCUUAAAAGAGAAAGAUCCAAAUUCACAUCGAACUAAUGGAUAUAUCAGGGAACCACAGAAACCUGACCCAAACAACCCUAUCAGCCCCAAAGCUUCUGGUCUUCCACAAAACAACUGCCCUAACAAUGACCUCGACAUGAACAGAUCCCCUUCACCGAGCUCGAAAUGUAACGAUGGGGGCGGAGCUACAAACAUCACGUGGUGUCCACUCCUGAAAAACACUUCCGGAGAGAGCGCGGACUUCAAGGAUAACACUUCCGACCCUAGACACAAGGCCGCCGAUCUGAUGCCGCCCUCCAUCUCCUCCACCCACAUCAUCAAGGGAGCUCACCUCUGCUGGGGCGUAUCCGCGGCAGCGCAAGCGAGUGUCAAACAUGUCUCUCUGGUCAAAAUCGUGGGUGCCGAGGCGCCCAGCAGAUACGGGGCGUCCAUCAAAGACAGGCGCAUCAAUGAUUACGACGUUGGGCGCUUCCCUGCUUACAGUAAAACAUGCACUCUCUUGUGACUCCGCCACAGCACCUCGAACAUUGAAAGCACUCAGUACGCAUGGAUGCUUCUUCAACAUACGUGACCCAUGCGUUGUAGAACUUGCACCCUAACAGUUCCAGUUACAAUACUUAUCACAAAACCUGCAGUUUUAAAGAAACAGGCUGGAACUCUAUUGCUCUGGUCCUAGAAAUGGGCAUCUAUCUAGAGCCUGCCUUUAAUGUAAGACGAAUGCGGUCAGAUGGAAACGUCUUCUUAAACAAAAAGAUUUGAACAAAUAUCUUACGAACAUAUUUGUAUUUUAUUUUCCGUUCAUGUUCAAUUUUUUUCACAUCUCAAGAAAUAGGUCGAUCUAAUAUCAGACAAACUUUCUUCAUUAUAUUUAUAAAUCUACUAAUUAACAAGUUUUACUGAUCAAAUACGUAUCUGGUGUGUUAUCUUUGAUCGCCUUCAGUCGUAUGAUGACAAUGGCUCACCCCAUAAAGCAUUUCCUUUAGUGGCUACAGUACCCUAUUUUGGAGAGGCAUAUUCGCCCGUAAAAUUCCCACGUGAAAGUAGCGGGUGUUGGAAGAGCCUGUGUUUUGUCUCUUGCUGUGUUGGCUUUUUUUUUUCUCUCUACGUAGUGCGGUCUUAAACAAAAAAGAAAUUGGAAAGACAAAGGAAUAGCCCUUGGCGCCAAAAUCAGAUUGAUGCGCUCCCUGGUCAUGGCUACAUUUUAUACGCUUGUGAGUCUUAGACGCUGAUUGCAGAGCUAGAGAGGAGGAUCCUAGCAAUUAAUUUGAGAUGCUACAGAAGGAUCCUGGGCAUCACAUUUAAAGACCACAUCACAAACGAAGAGAUUAGAGACAGGGUUACUGCAGCGAUUGGACCCCAUGACCUGCUAACUAUUGUAAAAAAAUAAAACGCAAGCUAAAACUCUAUGGCCAUGUUACAAGAUCUUCGGGGCUCGCAAAGACCUUCCUUCAGGGAACAGUACCAGGAAAAAGAAAAAGAGGCAGCGAAGGGAAGACAACAUAAAGGAAUGGACGGGCCUGCCAUUGAAAGAUGUUCUCUCCAAGGCAAAAACAGAGAGGAAUGGAGAAAGACGGUCGACAGAUCUUGCGUGGUACCACAACGGUCCAACAUACUAAGGGAUAGGCGGAGGUGAAGGAAGUGCGGUCUAGAGCUAAGUCUUCCCAAGCUUUUAUGUCUCUGGAUUCCCCGGCAUUGCUCUAGGAUCCGUUUUGAUCAGAUCCACAAAUAGGAAACUUUGGGAUGAACAAUUGUCCAUGUGGUUGAUGCAAGCUGCCUAUCGAAGUUAUUAAUAUAGAUAUAUGUAGACACCAUUGGCUGCCUGGUCGUGCGGUUUGUGCGUUGGACUGUCGUUUGGAUUUAUCGAUGGUCCCGGGUUCAGUCCCUGCCCGCUCCCAUCCCCCGUCGUCCUCCGGGAGGUUUGGACUAGGAAGUAAACUAUCUUCAACUCUGAAGGAACAUUAGAAAUAUGUAAAACAUUUUACAAAACAUUUAUAUUCAAAACAAUUUAAUUUAUACAUACAUUUUAAAAAUUCAUUUCUUGAGUCCUCAAAGAACUCUCAUGCUUGACUUAGACGUAACGUAGACUUGACUUAACUUAGACUUGAUUUAUACUUGACUUAGACCUAACUUAGAAUUGACUUAGACGUAACUUAGAUUUGACAUCUUAAGUCAAGAAAAUCUUCUGGACCCGAUAAAAUAACAAAUGAAAUUGUCCUGGGACUAGGACCACAGGCCCAAAACUGUAUACGUAACUUUAUCAACCAUACAUGAAUAAAUGAAGACAUACCACAGGACUGGAGAACUUCUACAUCAUCAAACGUUGGCAAAACGGCAGAAACAAAUGAUUAAUAACCGACUUUAUUGGUGGUAUGAAAGUACUUGCUGACUCCACAAUGCACAAGCUGGCUUCAGGAAAGCAAGACCACCUCUUUCGUUUUAGCCAGGUCACAGUAGUACAUGCUUCAGACGUCCACAAGACAUGACGAUUAUUACGUCCAAGUACAAAACUCCUGCAAGACGUCUGGAGAUAGCGACAUAUAGGGUUGGAACCCGAUAUCAUCGUGAAGACAGUCUAGAGCGCAUACCACAUGACCUGGCAACCAGGCAGUUUAUUCGAGUAAUAAGGACACAACAUUUAAAUGUCAGCAUGUCAGACAAAGUCCAUCAGGUCCCAAUAGUUCUGUUCAGUUCUGUUACAGUGACUUUGAGAUGUUGGAUCUUAUUAAACGCGUCAUAGUGGGGAAAUUCUUACCAUGGUGUCUUAAGCAAUCCAAUAAGAUUAGAUUAUGAGGUUAUUUUUUUGUCUGGUGCUCUAUAAUGUUUAUAUUAAUCGCAUAACCUUACGACCUUAAUCUGAAUAGCUCAACUUUCUAAAAUUCAUGUUUCAGUUUUCACUUACUUUGUUUCGUUGCCAGAUAAAGGAAGUGAAACUUUUUUAAAUGGCUGGGGAAAAAAAAGGAAUAUGAACAUAAAAAAUAAACGCCUCAUUCAACCAUAUCUAGAGUUUCGGUCCUGUAUGGGAGUGAAAAUGAGUGUGUAUGUGUGUAUCUACUAGUGUGUAGUGUGUUCUGUUGUUUCACGUCUGCUGCUAUGCCGAAGCACGUGACGAGAAAUGUGGGCGCCCUCUCUUCUCCCAACCCCAAUGAGAUUUACAUGGUGUUCUUGUACAUUGUUUGACUAACACAGUUCAUAUUAGGUCAACGAGUCUGUCUUUUAAUCAGUGUCUCUCGGAUUAGGUCUGGGCGUUCGCAAUCAGUAUAUUGCCAUCUGCCCCCCUGAUAAAGGGGCUCUUAAGAGUUGGGGUCUACCUUUAAUACGGAUAGUUGCAAAAUAUAGAUAGCAGUGACAGCAGUGGGAGAAGGCUUCAGACAUUGCCAAUGGCAGAUGUUUAGGAGACAGCUUGCUGCCCAGUGCGUCGAACAUCACGGGAGAACUUAAGUCUAAGUCUAGGUCUAAGUUUAAGCCUAGGUCUAAGUCUAGGUCUAGGAUAGUUCUAUAAUUUUAUUUAAAAAAAUACAAUUAAAUUUACUCAAAUCACUCGAAGGUUUUGAAAAAAAGGGGUUUGCAACUGUUUGAUUAUAGGCAUGAAAUAUAUCAAAGUGUGAUGUCGACUUUGCAUCGCUAAUAUUAUCGGUAUUUAUAUCAAGAAAUCGAUAUAUGCUUUUUUUUUUGAUCGUAUAGUAUGAUGUAAUUGUAGAAAUUAACUUAAAAAAACAACAACAGUUUUACAAGCUUUUCUUGUAGACUUGUAGAGAUUUCUAAGAUAGAUGGAUCGUCUUCGUCGGCUUUCUGCAGUCGUGAAACGACUAUGGUUCAUCUCGAUAGCGAGAUGAGGGCCUGCGCAUUGUCUAUGGUCGGAACGAUGUCGCCCACACAGCGGUUCCCUCCUCUCCGCGCAGCUGAUGAGACCAAUUGAACGGAAUAUCCGAUACAGUUUGGGAUCCUCAAGGUUGAUGGAUGGAUAGAUGGAUGGAGGGAGAGGUGGAGAUACUGGAUGGAUGGAUGAUGGCUGGAUAGAUUUUGGAUCUAUGAAAGGCAGAUUUUUCUAGUGCGGAGGGAUAUCAUAUGUGAUUGUUUUUAUUUUUUUAUCUUGUUUGCUUUACUAGUUUGAAAUCUGUUUUAAAGUGGGUAUUAUUACAUUCCUUGUUAAACUGAAUCUCUUACUCUUAACAAAUACAAAAGAAGGUAAUUAGGAAGGUCAUUUAUCUUUCAGUACUUUUGGGACUCACCCAGCACAUGAUCAACUUCAAGAGUAAAAAAAAAGUAAAAAAUUAGGAAGUCAGUUGAAACUGUGAUUUGAUAUUGAUUUCAAAUUUGUAUGAGACCUUGUUUAGAUAAAAUAGCUCAUCGAUUGUAAGGUUGCUCAAUCAUUAUGUUAAUAUUUUCCAAAAAUUUCAAAAAUUCUUGAAUUUUUUUAAAUUUUAAAUACCU